CAAAUCAAAUGCUCCAUCUUAUACGGAGUAUCUGAUGUAACACGUGCAUCCGACUUUCUUCCAUGGUGGAAGUUGUGGCACCACAUGUGCAUCACAGACUCACAGUGGCAUUGAAGAUGUCUAAUCUCAUUCAAGACAGGAAUGGCUGAUUCAAGUACAAGUACUACACUGCUACUCUCGGCCAUGGCUGAUUCAAGACUGUCUCUUUUUCAUCUUUCCCUCCUCACUUCUACAAGUUCUAGGAAGCGUAGCACUCUCCUCUAUGGCGGGUUCAAGUUUAUCGCUGCUAUCUCUUUUUCUUCUCGCACCGCUCUCCCUCGCCACCUUCCUGUACCUGAUCGUCCGGCCUCGCCCUGUGAAAGUCCCAAUCAAGAACCGCCACGUAUUCAUCACCGGCGGCUCCAGUGGCAUCGGCUUGGCCGUAGCUCACCUCGCGGCUUUAGAAGGUGCCAAGGUCUCGAUACUAGCUCGGAGUGCCGAGAAGCUGGAGAACGCCAAGCGCGCGAUCCGGCUCGCCACCGGAUGCGACGUCGCAAUAUUUAGCGCCGAUGUCAGAGAUUACGACGCCUUGAAGAGGGCCGCAGAAGAGGCCGGCCCUGUCGAUGUUCUGGUCUGUAAUCAGGGGGUUUUUAUGGCGCAGGAGCUGGAGACUCAGGAUCUGGAUGAAGUAAAGCUCACGAUCGAUGUGAAUUUGACGGGGACUUUUAAUUUGAUCAAAGCGGCAUUGCCGGGAAUGAAGAACCGGAGAAAUCGUGGACCUGGGUCAAUUGCGAUUAUGUCAUCCCAGGCCGGACAGGUUGGGAUAUAUGGUUAUACAGCCUACUGUGCUACUAAAUUUGGUCUUAGGGGUAUGGCAGAAGCAUUGCAGCAGGAGGUUGUUUCAGAUAACAUUCAUGUCUCCCUGAUAUUUCCUCCAGACACUGAUACUCCUGGCCUUGUUGAAGAUAACAAAACGAGGCCACCGCUAACAAGUAUAUUAGCUGCUUCUUCUAGUAAAAUGAAAGCUGAGGAAGUUGCCAAGAAAGCUUUGGAUGGCAUUAAAUCUGGAAGUUUUUUUGUUCCGUGCAACCUAAAGGGGUUUGCACUAUCCAUAGCCACCGCUGGUAUGUCUCCUCAAAGGUCAUUCCUCAUGGCCUUUGUAGAGGUGUUGGCAGCUAGCAUAAUGCGUAUUGUGGCUCUCUACUUCCACUGGAAUUUGCAUAGAAGCAUUGAAAUGCAUCACCAUGUGAUGAAGAAAUAGUACGUUAUACUAUAUUUGAGCGUAUAUAUGGUGUUAUUUCGUUACUUCUAGUGUGUUGCUUUUUUUCUUCAAUAGUAAUGAUGUCCUCUGUCUGAUCUAGGCACUUGGUGUAGUACCCGGAGGGUUGAUUACUUGAUUGUGUCAUAUUGUUGAUUUGAAAAUUUAGGGAACACAAUAGUGUUGGAAAGGUGCAGGUAUCAAGCUCUAGCUUCGACCUGAAAAAUGUGGGGCUCCUGAAGAGGUCAGUACACGAAUAUUGGUGAGAUCAGGCUAAAUGUAGAAUAACUAAUGUUUCAAGUAUAAGACUCAAACAUAAAAUGAUACAUAUACUUAUAUCUCUCACCCCAAGUCUUGAAAUACAUAUCAGUAUACACACUUCCUCUUCAAGUAGCUAGGUAUCUAGAUCGAGUAAUUCGGUCUUACGUGAUCGCCAAAAAACCCCAAUCCGUAGGUCAUUGUUUACUUGGGAAAAAUAAUAAUAGUCAAUGUCUUUGAUUUACAAUCUCAACCAGCCAAAUAGCUAUGAGUUUAUAGGACUCCUCCUAGUCCAAUCAAGUAUUUUAAGGACACCACCCGGUCCUGAAUUACUAAACCGUAUUCUGUGAGUUUUGAGGACUGACCAGUCUCUGGGUACUCCACGAAUUGUAUUUCGAGUUUUGAGGACAACGUCCGGUCCUUGGGUACUCCACCCGAACCUAUGAUCUACCAUAUACCUUAUCUGACUAUGGUCUAUAUCAUAAUCAAUAAUCAAGACUAAGUCAAGUCUUAUAGCCUAAGCACAAUCAUUCAUGCAAAAUCAUGUAAAUAAACCAAUUCAGAUCAAGCAGGGUCAAAUCGGCGCCGGUUCAUAAUUAACAAUUUAAUUGGUUGCCCCGUACUCAAACUGCCGCGGGUUAUAGCCCAAACCGGCGUCGAUUGCUUGUCUAGCUACCGGUCAACGCUCCGUUGACCACUCAAACCGACUCCGAUUAAUACGAAACUUUACCACAACGUGUAUCAAGUCUUCAACAAUUAAUAUAUGCCAUUUUGGCCCUUUAAAAACAUCACAUAUGUUUUUGUAAACAUUUUCAUAUCAUUUUCAUGCAUAUCUUUAUAGUUAAAUUCACAUAAGCCUAAUCACCUACGCUAAUCACAUGCUUAAAUUUUUUUAAGCAUCAUUAUGAACACAUAUAACAUUUACUUUGGUAAUCUCAUACUUAACCCAAGAGUUAUAAGACAUUAAGCCGUCAACUCACCUUGAAUGAGCUUUAAGAAGUUCUACUCCCUUCGGUUGAACUCCGGUGAACUUUGUUGAACUCCGGCGAUACCGCCGGUGACUCUUUCAACUUUGUGAAAUCACUAUGAACACCUUAGACAAGUUUCUAACAAGGUUUUAACAUCCCAAAACUCAUAUCAAUACAAAUGACCUCAAAAAAAUUAUUUUUCGGCGAACCAGUCACUUUGGCUUCUAAGUUCGUUCUUACAAAUGUGAUGUUAAAAUAAAUUUUUAACAUCACCUUCCAACCCCUCAUUCUACACUUCUAAACAUGUAGAACAAUGCGAGAAGUUUUCCAUAUGAUAUAUAUGUCAUGUGGUAUUUUAUGGAAGAAGGAAAGUCAUGAUAAGCCACUAAGGUCCUUACCUCCUUUUCUCAAGCUUUUCUUCCCAAGUUUCCUUAUUAAGUUUCCUCCUUGGACUUCUCCUUGCUUGGGCUUGCUUCAUCAAUGGAGGAUAUGAUAUUUGUAGGAUUAUUUCUCUUCUUUUGUUGCCUUGGUUGAAAUAAGCGAGAGGAAGAGGAGUAGGGAUGGCGGGAUGCUCCAUAUUUUAAUAACAAUACAUGGUGAUAACUGAUGAGUACACUGUACACAUUAAUAUAUACACUUUAUACACUGAAAUUCAACAUUUCAUACAUACACUUUAAGCCCAAUUUUAUAUACACCAUCGCCAUCUUUAUACACAUUCAUAAUAAUUCAACAUUUCAUAUACACACUUUAAGCAAAAGUUAUAUGAUGUCAUUACACUUAAUAAAACCAAAAUAUUAAAAUUCAACAUCUCAUACAUAUCCACAUUAAACAACAAAUCAAUUCCUAAUUUACAAUUCUUGAAAUUUACCAAUCCUAAACCCUAAGUUGAAAUAUGAUACAAAUUGGAGAUUUCAUUAAUUUGAAGGAAAGAGUGUUGAAGAAGAUGGAUUUGGUAAGUGGAGUAGACCUAGUCCUCGUUGUUGUCACUGGAGGGAUUUUUGGGGGCUAUUUUGUGUUCUGUCUAGAGGUCUGCUCGACCCGUCUGUAUUAGGCACGUCUGUAUUAGGCACACCAGUAUCUCCGUAAAUACUUUUAACCCAACCCUAUUUACAUAAAUAUGUUUUUAAUUCGGAUUAUUUCUGGGGGGAAACUAUGUUAUUUGGGUAUCCUUAAUUGUUAAAUGAUUAUUGAGGGUGUACAAUUGCACAUUUUUUAUCACUAUGCCUCAUCAUAUGAAUGUAAUAGCAUUAUGGGUAUUAUUGUUGUGGAUGAUUACAUUGUAAUGUUUAAGAAAAUGCCCUGAAUAGGAGUAAAAAUGUCGGGGAAUUCCAAAAUAGGAUUGCUAUAUUUUUUCUAAAAGAAAAGCGUCAAAUAAGCCUUUCUAUUAUUUUCAACCCAUCACUUAAGCUUUUUUAAUAAAAAAGUAUCAUACCUUAACUUUAAAAAAAAUAUCAAUUUGGUCAUUUAUUUAGUUUUUUACCUGCAAUAGCAGUCUUUUUUAUGUUUAAAACUCCAAAAUUUAUUAAAAUUUGAAGAAAUAUGUAUGAAAAUUUUCAGAAUGUCAAAGUGAAUAUUUUUGACUUUUUGUUGUAGUAUAUUCUACUUGUAUUUAAAAGGUUAUUACAAUUACUAUUUUAUAUUUUUUAUAUUUUCUCUUUAUUCGAUUAUUUUUCUGAUUUUUUAUUUUUAUUUUAACAUUUUUAAAUAAUUUAUCUAUUUUUACAUUUAUGCUAUUUUUAUACUAUAAUUUCACGAUUUUUAAAAUUCAUAUGAAUUUUUAUAAGAUUUAUCAAUGAUCUUAAUUCAUUUAUAAAAAAACAUGUCAUAGCAGCUGAAAAUGACUUGAUUGAUUAUAUUUGAAAAGUAAGCGUAAUCCACUUUUUAGGGUUUGUUUGCAAUCAAUUAAAAAAAGUGAUUUUGGCUUUUUUUUUUUUAAAAAAACACUUAUUUUCCCAAACACUAUCAACUUUUACUUCCUCGUUUUUCGUGUAGAAUCUACUUUUUAUUUUUUCUAUUACACAAAAAGCACUUAUUUUACCAAACGCUACCAACUUUUACUACUAAUCACUUUUUCCCAAAAAGUGCUUUUAUUUAAGAACAAGUGGUUGCAAACAGAGCCUUAGUAGAACUUCAAUGAUGAAUUGGAAAUAGCACCGGGUUUGACCAUUUUCUCUUUUCUAAAGAGGAGUAGUUAUUGUCAAGUUGUGACAUUAUCUACUUUUAAACAUGACAAUAAUUUACAAAGUUAGUUAUAAUUAUUCUUAUUUAGAGAAUACAAACAUCGUUUUAUUUUGAAAUUUCAAAACAUUUUUACUUCAGAAUUUUUCAAUUUUGUAUUUAUUCUCACUAUUUGUGUUUAGGGACAUUUGAGAGUGGAGAACUCCUGUGAACAUAUUGAUUUCUCAAUCAUUCUUGGCGUACACCCUAAAUUACACCCUCUUUAUUUGCCAUUCACACGGACAAAAAUUAUACAAAUAAAGGCACUUUCGAUAAAAAUGUCUAUGUGAACAAAAAUUGGUUUGCUGAUUGAUGUAACUUUUUGUAGAUCUGUCAGGGUGGUUGGACUAAAACCAAUGUUGGUCUACACAGGAAUUAGUUGUCUGUGUAGACAAAAGUGUUUGUGCAUAUACAAAUUUUGUUUGUGUACAUAGACAUUUGUUUCAGUGCAAUCCAACCCUGACUUUUUUUAACAUUUUUUGUCUGUGUACACACACUAAAAGAAAACAAGUGUCUAUGUACAUACAUUUUUUUGUCUAUGACGAAAGUUAUAGAAUAUUACUAGUUUUUUAGUGUCAUCUUUCAUUAUAGACAAUAUUUAUCAUUAUUUAGCACCAUACAAACAAAAAUUCAGGCGGUUAUAAUUUUCCGGUGAAUUUGUGGUGAAAAUGGUGAUGCAUGAUGAUGAUGAUGAUGAUGGUGGUGGUGGUGGAAGAUGAUGGUGAAUAUAAAGUACUCCCUCCGUCCCUGAUUGUUGUUCCAAAUUAAAGUGGCACGGUGAUUAAGAAAGUAGGAAUUGUGUGGAGGAGAGUUGUGCAGAGGAGAGAGAAAUGUUGUGAACCACAAAUUCUUUGCAAAAAAGGGAAAGUGAAAUUCUUUUUGGGACGGAUGAAAAGGGAAAGUUGGAACUAAAUUCAGGGACGGAGGGAGUAAAAAAGAAAGAAAAGAGAGAGGGAAAGAAAAAGAAAAAGAAGAUGAUAAAGAAGAAGGGGGGAGAGGGGAGGGGGGGGGUCAUAUGAUGCAAGAGGGGAGGAACGGGAGAGAAAAAAUGGGGGAGGUUAUAUAGGGUGUAUCCUAGGUGUAACCCAGGCUGUACCUAUAGCAAAUUUCUUGAUUUAUUGUGGGUAUUUGAACAACUAUCUUUGUCAUAAUUUCCCUAACGUGAGUUGAGACUGACACAUCCACUUUAAAUCUUGGAGUCUUAUAAUCCAUUGCUCUAAUAUGUGCUUGUAAAAUAUAGAAAUUAGAGCUGUCUGCGUGAACUAUUAUGUGGAAUUAGGGCUAUUAACGAGUUGAGCCAAGUUGAGACACCCAGAGCUCGAGUUCAGCUUCAUUCGGUAAUAGUGGUGUUCCGGUUCGAGCUCGAAGAUUGACGAGUUUACAAAUGAGGCUCGUGUUAAGCUCGAUAGCCAUCUGAUGCUCGAAUCGAGCACUCGAUAAGCUCGAUAAACGGACAAAUUUUUAAAAUACCCCUAAAAGAGAUUUUUUUAUCAAAGUGCCCUCAUAAGGUUUAUUAUUAUUAGGGGUACCCUUCACAAAUCAAACCUUUUCUUCUCUUCCGAUGGAUGCCCUCCUCCUAGCGUACAUCCUCUUCCUUGAAGCGUUCAAACAAGCUAUGCUUGGAACUUCGGUUGAACACGUUCAAACCUUCCUCUUUGAGUUCAACGUAACUCACCAAUCAUCAACAUCUUCUUCUUUAGCAUCUCCAUUGUCUUCAUUCUCCCUUCCAAGUAAGUUAAAGUAUCUUUAACUAUUUAUUUCAAGAAAUCUACUUAGUAUAAAAAGCUUUGUUGACAAUAAUGGAUAACUCUUAACCUGUUUUUUUUGAAAAUAAUCUAUGAAGAUUGUACUUCGUGCACCUUAGAUGGGCAUAUUUGAUAGGUUCUACCAUGGUUGGCUGGGUUUGAUCAUGUUUGACCAUGUUUUAACAUUCUGGUAGGUUUUCAUAGGUUUGACGGCUUCUUAGUUGGCCAUGUUUGAUAGGUUCGACCAUGGUUAACUAAGUUUGACCAGGUUUGACUGUGUUCUAACAUUUUUGUCAAGUUUGACAAUUAGUUUGACUAUGUUUAAUAAUUUAAUAUUCUUUACAUUCACAGAUGGCUACAUGUUCGACGCAGUUGAUAUACGUUGUUUAUGAUGGGCAAUGGAAAAACAUGAGAAUGGAGACUACACGUUUGAAGGAGAUAAAAAAUUGUUGCUUUCGGUUGGGAUGCAUCCAAUACAGACUUUGAUUCAUUUUUGGAAUGUUUGUGUGAGGAAACUGGUUAUAAAAGGGUACUCAUUCGUUGAAAGUCUCAUUACAAAUGUCACGGUUUGACCUAUGUGAUGUAAUGAGACCCUAUGUAUGUCGCAUAUGCCGAAACCAUUUAUCCUGUCACAAGAGAAGAAGAAUGUGAAGCCAAUGAUGAAGUCCAAUUGGAAAUUCAUCCACCUAUAAUUUCUAGGAAGAGAGGAAGGCCUACGAUGAAAAGAUUCCCAUCCGUGGGUGAGCAUAGGAAGAAAUGGCAAUUGACGUGUUCGGGGUGCAAAAAGAAAGGACAUACCUUAAGAACUUAUAAACAUCGGUUGUUGCCUACUGUGAAAAUAGUAAAUGCCUCUACUCUGGAAACACUAGAUGAGUUGUAAUUUAGUUUGUACUAUUUAUCGUCUAUUGUACUUAUAUAUUGUGUUUUCUCUCUAUUUAUUAUGUUCCAUAACAUAUUGUAAGGUUCACUAUUGAACCUGGUCAAACAUAGUAGAACAGGGUAGAACAUACAGUUUUACAUGGGUAGAACAAGGUCGAACAUGGUCAAACUCAGUAAAACUUAGUAGAUAGGUCGACCCCGGUAAAACUCGGUCAAACCUAGUUGAACUCGGUCAAUUUUGACCAUAGGUUAAAUUGGGUUAUGUCUGGUGAACCUCAAUUGUAUAUAUCGAUAUAAUAUGAAUAUUAAUACUUGUGUUUG